CUUUAGUAAUUAGGUGGCGAGCCACCGUGCCCGAAGCGUGGCGAGCAAAGUGAGCCCGCGAGGGUACUUUUCGGGUACCUUGUUCGGCCGUAGCUCCUCCCCCUGGUGACGGGUCUCCUCCCCUAGGUACGUCAGAAGGUCCCUUCUCCCACUCCGAUAUAGAAUCAACCGUGCACUCAGCUGCAGUACUGUACAGAAGUUACAGUAUAUCUCUGUGUACACUCACAUGCCGGCUUUCCUCUACUGAGACCACCAGGCACGCAGCAGCAGGAUGGGUGUGGGAGUCUUUUCCGACUUUGUAUUUUUCCUCAAAGUGAGCUCCUUGCCAUCUAAAGAAAAAUCAAAACUGAAGAGGAGCAUCAUAUCAAAUGGAGGAACUGUUACCUUUGUGUUGAAUGAAAAGUGCACGCACGCUGUGGUGAUUAAUACUGCUAAGCUAAACAGCACCCAGCAGAAGAAGAUUCAGAAGUACUGCAUCUUAGUAGUAAGCCCUGACUUUAUAUGGAAACUGCUUCAGGAGACCCCACAUACUAAGGUGGAUUGGCAGGAAACCCACAAACAAUCUGAUGUCAUCCUGGAUAAAGUGAAACAUGAUAAGAAAAGUAGAUUUCUUUCCAAAAUAAUGGAUGAAAACAAGGAAAACAAACCUGAAAGGAAUAUUGAAGAUGACGAGGAGUUUGAAGAUGAUGAAAAUGAAACCAACCUUCCAGAGGACACAGAAGUGGCAAAAUACAGCUUUUUUGAAAAGGAUGAAGAGGUGGCAUUUGUAGAACUCCUCUGUUUUAAUGAAAGUUCUUCCUUUCGAUUCAAAGUAUGUACUACACGCGGUCAGCCUGACACAGCGCAGAAGGAAAUAGCAUUUAACUUAGUAGACACAGCAGAGGGUGCUUGUGAGAAAUAUGAGCUACGUAUAAAUGAUCUGAAGAAUAAAGGAUUUGUGCAAGUCCAAAAGGUCCCACCGCAAGCCGAGCCCUUUGCCUCAGGAGCGCUACAGAAGGUGCUGAUUGGAGAAGCCAUAAGUGUUACAGAAUUAACCCCGGAGGUGGCUUUCUUUGUGGAGUCUCUCUGGACAGAAGCUCUUGGACAUUUGGGUUCUGUUCUUUCCUGCCCUGUGGAAAACAUCAGCCUCAACGAUGUGAGUAAGGCAGAAGGAAUUCUGCAACAAGUGCGAAAUGCGUUGACCAAGGGAGACAGACAAGAAGACAUUGCUGAAAUGAUGCUGGAGUUUUAUCGAUGCAUUCCUCACAAUGAAAAGAUGCUGACAAACAUUGACAAAAAGUUUUUGAUGGCUAAACAGGACUUGUGCCAGCUAAUUAGAGACAUGGUGAAUGUUUGCGAGACAAGCUUCCCGAGAAGAAUAAUAAGCACUACUGCCACUGCCAGGUAUCAGGCACUCGGAUGCCGGGUAGAACACGUUGACCCAAACACGGAGGAGUUUCGUCGGGUUAAACAGGACAUUCUGGAUAAUAACCGCAGCAAUGAUACGUUUAAAAUCUUGAGCGUGUUCCGCAUCGGGAGACUAAAUGAAGCCAUUCAUUUUAAGAGUGACCUGGGCAAUGUGAAGUCCUUGCUACAUGCCUCAUCCCCAUGCAACUUUGUUGGGAUCCUAUCACGUGGGUUAAUGUUGCCAAAAAUUAUUGUAGAAGAAUGUGGUUUGCAGAGGACUGAUAUUGGAAACCUUGGAAGCGGCAUUUAUUUCAGCGACUCAAUAAGCACAAGUGUAAAAUACGCAAAGCCCAGUGACAUGAUUGGAGCACGGCUCAUGGUGCUAAGUGAUGUGGCCUUAGGUAAUAUCAAACCUAUCUAUAAGAGAGAUUACACUAUCACUGAACCACCCCAUGGCUUUGACAGUGUACAUGGUGUCCGACUUGAGGACUCGAUAAAAUCAGAUUUUAUAGACGAUGAGUUUGUGGUGUAUAAUGCAAAUCAAGUAAAAAUGAGAUACAUUGUUCAGUUUUGCAAUAGCAAUGACAAUCUAAGAUCACCGAUGGAAUCUAUAAUUACUCAGCCUGAGGAUAUCCAAGAGGAUAAUGGGAGAACAUCAGAGCCAUCAGAUGACAUUUCAUUGGAUGAUCUACCCGAAGAAGAGAUCAAGAAAGGUGGUCUACAGAGCAUUGGUGGGGAGCAAAUUCCAUUAGAGAGCAUUCACGUCAAAGCUCGAUUAAUGGACCUUGCAGCUCAGGUGGUGAUAUUCCAGACUUAUAAGAAUGAGUCCACCUUCCCCAUUGAAGCAAAAUAUGUUUUCCCGUUGGACAGCACAGCAGCUGUAUGUGGGUUUGAGGCAUUUAUCAAUGGGAAACACAUUAUAGGAGAGGUUAAAGAGAAACGUCAGGCACACCGCGAGUACAGGGCUGCUAUCAGCGAAUGUCAUGGAGCUUAUCUUAUGGAUCAAGACGCACCAGAUGUCUUCACAGUGAGUGUUGGAAAUUUGCCACCCAAGUCAACUGUAGUGAUUAAAAUCAGCUACGUUGCUGAGCUGAAAUGGCAAUAUUAUAUUAAUUUCUCCAUUCCUGGGACUGUGGCUUCCUGGCAGCAAGAUAAAGCAUUAAAAGAAAAUACACAGGAUGAUGUAGCAAAAGUGGGCAUUGAAAGUGGCACAGCACCGGAAGGCUCUUUUCGCCUGGACAUGUCCAUUGAGAUGCCCCGAAAAAUAGAAAGUAUUACUUGUUGUACACACAAAAUAAAAAUAAAACAAACUGACUGCAAAGCUGUAGUCCAGACACUUGAGGCCAGUACUUUAAAAGAGGAAGGGUUUUCUUUGGAUUUAUUUUUGGAAGAAUCUUGUCUGCCAAGAAUGUGGGUUGAAACCCAUCCAGAUGAAGACAGCGAGGCAUGUAUGCUGAUAUUUCAGCCUGAAUUUGAAAAUACGUAUCAGGAUGUGACUAUAACAAUAUGCCUGGAUUGUUCCAAUUCCAUGGAGUCCUGUUUCCGUGCUGCUAAACUGGUUGCGCUGCUUGCACUAAGCACUCUGUACUACAGCCCCAUCAACGUUAUCCUUUUUGGAUCAACUUAUAAAGAGUUUUAUUUCUGCCCAAAACGUCAAAGUGAAGAUGAGUCGGAGAUACAGAAGUUUAUCAAAAGUGCUAAACCCAACAUGGGCAGCACAGAGUUCUGGAAGCCUCUACAAUCCUUGUGUUUGCUCCGACCCUCCAAGCAACAUCAAAAAGUAAUCCUCAUCUCUGAUGGGCACCUCCAAAAUGAAAACCUCGUCUUUCAGCUCCUGAAGAAGAAUAAGGAGCAUAUUAGUUUAUUCACUUGUGGCGUAGGGGCUACAGCAAAUAAACACAUGCUGAGGCUGUUGGCGCAAUGUAGCGCUGGAGCCUAUGAUUUUUUUGCAGACAAAUCUAAGAGCAGUUGGAAAGAUCAGAUGGGAAAACAGGAGAACAGGCUGCGUUCGCCAGCAUGUACGGCUGUUUCAGUCAAGUGGAGGCAGUUUGGGAGAAAUCCACCUAAGCCGCUGCAAGCCCCAGCAAACAUACAGGCUGUGUUUGACAGAGAUAAUCUGUUUGUUUAUGGCUUCAUCCCUCAUUGCACUCAGGCCACCUUAAAGGCAUUAAUAGAAAAUAAAGAAAUUGAAAACAUGGUUUCAACCACUCCGCAGCAGAAGACAACUGGAACAAUACUCCACAAGCUCACAGCUAGAGCUCUAAUUAAAGAUUAUGAGGAUGGGAUACUGGCUGAGAAGGAAUAUGAGAAUGAGAUGGAAAAACAAGAGAUGAAGUCUUCUAUUAUUGCGCUCAGCAUUAAACACUCCAUUGUGACUCAAUUCACAAGCUUUGUUGCCAUAGAGAAACGGAGUGCAGAGGAAGACCUGAACAUUGAACCAAACGUUUUGGAAAUUAUCUCUGCAGAAGAUGUGGAUAUACUGCCGUACAUGGAUUGGACUGCUGGUGACUCUAAGAGAACUGCUGGUGCUGCCACUGAUAGGAAUUUAAAGGAGCAUUCGUUACACACUGAAAGUGAAGGUGACGAUGAGUCAGAGGAAUGUUUUUAUGAAGCUGUGGCUGACAUGGACACUUGGUUGGAUAAGGGCCCAUUAGAAUUGCUCGGGGCACCUGUCGAGGAACCAGAAGAUUUGAAUGGUUUUGGACUCUUUGAUUCAGCAGCAAAUAUCACUUCUCAGUCAGAUCUGUUUGCACGAAUUCGGACUGAUUCUACAUCCUUUUCUUCUCAAGUCUUUGGUUCAGCAACAGCAAAUACUCAUGUGCCGUCAUUUGGGGCAAGUCAUUCUACAUCCUUUGCCUCUCCAGUCAUGCGUUUACAAGCUGCUGGUGUUAGACGUUCAGACUGCUCAACAGCCAUCCCAUCAUAUCGGGGCUCAUUAGUCUUGUCUGGGGGACCUGCAGAGGAACAAAAAGGAUUUGGCGGAUCGACACUCUUUGGUUCUUUACAAACCAAAUCUGCAGCCUUUCCUUCUCCAGUCUUUGGUGUAGGAGCUCAGAGUGCUCCACCUGCGUCGCCUCUGGGUUCUCGUGUUCCACAUUUCAUCGGCUCAGCAGACCCCGAAUCACACCGGGGCUCAUUAGUCUUGUCUGGGGGACCUGCAGAGGAACCAAAAGGAUUUGGCGGGUCGGCACUCUUUGGUUCUAUACAAUUACAAACACAUUCUGCAGCCUUUCCUUCUCCAGUCUUUGGUGUAGGAGCUCAGAGUGCUCCACCUGCGUCGCCUCUGGGUUCUCGUGUUCCAUAUUUCAUCGGCUCAGCAGCCACCGAAUCACACCCGAGGACAUUAGACUUUCUCAGGGGACCUGGAGGUGCACCAAAAGCAUUUGGCAGUGUGGGACAAUCUUAUUCAUCUGCAGAUAUGCUUGGAAAACCAAAUUUUAAUGAAACUUUAAGUACAGAUGUCUGUGCUUCUCCACCUCCUCCAGCACCACUAAUCAACUUUGCACCACCAAGGACCCUUGCACGACGUCCUCCAUCACCACCAAGCACCCUUGCUGCACCUGCAGACUUCUCACAUAAGAGGACAAUCGACCGGUUCAGGAGACACAUGGAGGCACCCUCAGAAUUUGGCAGUUCAGUACUAUUUGGGUCAGCAGCAAAAAUAUCUGCAGAACCUGUGCAGCCCCUGUAUUACCCUUGUUCUCCAUCCUAUAAACCAACCUGCAGACUGGCAGAUGAUUCACCUGGAGUUCACCCAUCCUUAUCAUUGUCAUCACGACGGAUGGUCGUGCGUGGGGAGGAACUGCAAACACAAUCAAUGGCGUUCUAUUCACUUGAAAAUAACAUCUGUAUCCAGGAGAAACUUGACAAGCCACAGGACUUUCAGGUCAUUUCUGUUCUGCAGCCAUCAGGAUUUCAUCAGCUUCGACGGAAGAUGAAGAUGACGAAGAAGAAGGCAUAUAGAAUACCUGUGGCUCCUUCCUGGUCGUCACUGUCUUCCCUCCAGAGUCAGGAUGGAUUCUGGCGACUGACCCCAGAGCUUGGAGCUCUAUUGAACAUCAAUGUCGGCUACUUAUCUGAUGUUUUUCUCAUUAAAAAAGGCAUCUGCUCCCUGGGUUCAAGAGGAAUAGAUGAGAUUCAUAAGCUGAUCGCUACACUGCUAGUGCUGCAGACAAUCCGCAGGUACAACCUGCUGCGUGAUAUUACAUUUAAGAGUUUGAUGAAACUGGACCAGUCUUCCCAAACAAGCCUGUCGUAUCCAACUAUUAAAGUGGCCAUUGAAUGGGCUGUGAAGACUGACCGACAAUACCCGGGCAUCUGUUACCGACUUGGAUUGGGCAUAGACUGGGAUCAUGCAACUCUCCAGUUGUUGGGAAUGGAGCCACUAUCUCCUUCCUCUGAGCUUCACCCAGCUGUAUGCCAUUAGUUCUGGCUGUGAUCAUCUGGCUUAUUACUGCUUAUUACAUAUAACCAGAUUAGGUGAUGGGUGAUUACCUUUACACUGUGGUAAUAGUAAUUCCAUAAUCUCAUGGAUAAUAUUGAAGGUCGCAUAUACUGGUAAACAUACAUAUAUAAAAUAAUUUAAUAUACUUAAAA